AUGGAAUACACUAUGUUGAAAGAUUUAAACGACACUCAUGACACCUGGAGAAUCAGGGUAAGGAUCUGCAGACUCUGGGAUUCAACCAAUCCUCAGAAAAAUGGGGAACUCAUUAGUAUUGACAUGAUAUUCAUCGACGAGAAGGAAAACCUCAUGCAUGCAACAAUCAAGAAACACCUAGCUUCUCGCUUUAGACAUCUUCUGCAGGAAGGAUCGACUUAUAGCAUCAAAAAUCUGCAAGUCGUAAAAGCUACAGGAGAUUACAGGCCUCUCUCAAGUGAAUUCAAGUGCAUAUUCUUAGCUACAACAUCCCCGAAAAAGCUUCAAGAAGACACUGUUCAGAUUCCAAGGCAUGGCUUCCAGUUUGUGAUGCCUGAUGACAUUGAAUCAAGAUUGAAUGACCCAGCUAUACUAACAGAUGUUGUGGGUCUUCUGUCUGGUAUUGGCGAAGUUGAUAUCGUAGGGAACAACUGGAAGAAGAGAGAUCUUCAUAUCAUAACAAACCAGUAA